ACAGAAGUGCGGGGUUUCAGUGACCCUCAGAAACAGGAGUACUUCAAUAAGAGGAUCAGUGAUCAGGACCUGGCCAACAAAGUCUUCACACACAUCAGGUCUUCAAGAAGCCUCUACAUCAUGUGCCACAUACCGGUCUUCUGCUGGAUUACAGCCACUGUUUUAGAGAGAAUGCUGAGUGAAGCUGAGAGUGGAGAAAUUCCCAAAACCCUGACGCAGAUGUUCACACACUUCCUGAUCUUUCAGAUCAAACACAAGAGCCAGAAGUACAGUGGGAAAAGUGACAUUGAUGUUCAGCAGACUAGAACAAGUAUCCUGGCUCUGGGGAAACUGGCGUUCCAGCAGCUGGAGAAAGGAAACCUGAUCUUCUAUGAGGAAGAUCUAAGAGAGAGUGGUAUCGAUAUUAAAGAAGUGUCGGUGUACUCAGGAGUGUGUACCCAGAUCUUCAGGGAGGAACAUGAGCUGCACCUGGGGAAGGUCUUCAGCUUUGUACAUCUAAGCGUUCAGGAGUUUCUUGCUGCUUUAUAUGCAUUUCUCUGCUUCAUUGACAGAAGCGUUCUGAAUCAGCAGACCGCUAAAAACCAAAACACUGAACUAUCUGAACUCUUCAGCAGGUCAACGAUGACUGACUUCCUCAGCAGUGCCAUAGACAGAGCCUUACAGAGUGAGAGUGGACACCUGGACCUGUUCCUUCGUUUCCUCCUGGGUCUCUCACGGAAGUCUAAUCAGAAUCUGUUACGAGUCGUACUGACACAGACAGAGAGGAUCUCUCACAGCAAUGAGGAAACCAUCAAAUACAUCAAGAAGAAGAUUGAGGAGAACUCAUCUCCAGAGAAAUCCAUCAAUCUGUUCCACUGUCUGAAUGAACUGAAUGAUCAUUCUCUAGUGCAGGAAGUGCAGAAAUACCUGAGUGGAGGUGGUGAGCGUCAUCUUCAACAGGCCAGACUCUCUCCUGCUCAGUGGUCAGCUCUGGCAUUUGUGUUGGUGAACUCAGAAGAAGAGCUGGAGGAGUUUAACCUCAGUAAAUAUCAUCCAUCAGAAGAGUGUCUUCUGAGAAUGCUGCCAGUAGUUAAAAUAUCCAGAAGCGCUGUACUAGCUUCAUGUAAUCUUGGAGUAAAGACGUGUGAAAAUCUGGAAUCAGUUUUAAACCUGGAAAACUCCUCCCUGAAAGAGCUGGACCUCAGUAACAACGACCUGCAGGAUUCAGGAGUGGAGCUGCUCUCUGCUGGACUGAAGAGUUCACAAUGUAAACUGCAGAUUCUCAGACUAGCUUCAUGUAAUCUUGGAGUAAAGACGUGUGAAAAUCUGGAAUCAGUUUUAAACCUGGAAAACUCCUCCCUGAAAGAGCUGGACCUCAGUAACAACGACCUGCAGGAUUCAGGAGUGGAGCUGCUCUCUGCUGGACUGAAGAGUUCACAAUGUAAACUGCAGAUUCUCAGAUUAGCUUUGUGUAAUAUAGGAAGAAAGAUGUGUGGAAAUCUGGAAUCAGUUUUAAACCUGGAAAACUCCUCCCUGAAACAGCUGGACCUCAGUAACAACGACCUGCAGGAUUCAGGAGUGGAGCUGCUCUCUGCUGGACUGAAGAGUUCACACUGUAAACUGCAGAUUCUCAGAUUAUCUGGUUGUAUGAUCACAGAGAAAGGCUUUUGUUCUCUGGCUUCAGCUCUAAUUUCAAACCCCUCCCACCUGAAAGAGCUGGAUCUGACCUACAACCACCCAGGAGAGUCAGGAGUGAAGCUGCUUUCUGCCAGACUGGAGGAUCCACACUGCAAACUGGAGAAACUCGGAGUGGAACAUGGAGGGAAGAUCAGAAUCAAACCUGGAUUAAAAAAAUGGUUCUGUGAUUUCACUCUGGAUCUGAACACAGCGCAGUGUAAUCUCUCUCUGAGUGAGGAGAACAGGAGGGUGGAGUGUAGAGAGGAGCUGCAGUCGUAUCCUGAUCAUCCAGAGAGAUUUGAUGUGUAUCCGCAGGUUCUGAGUAGAGAGAGAGUUACUGGUGUUACUGGACGCUGUUACUGGGAGGCUGAGUGGAGCGGAGGAGGAGGAGAAGCUGAAGUAGCUCUGAGUUAUAAAACCAUCAGCAGGAAAGGAUCAGACUGUUGGUUUGGACGGAAUAUAAACUCCUGGAGUCUGAUCUGCUCUGAUAACAGUUACUCUGUUCGUCACAAUAAUAACAGAACUGUUCUCUCCACUCCUCCCUCCGGCUGUAGGAGAGUAGGAGUGUAUGUGGACUGUCCCUCCGGCACUCUGUCCUUCUACAGAGUCUCCUCUGAUACACACUCACCCUCACACACACACUCACCCUCACACACACCCUCACACACUCUCACACACUUACACACUCUCACACAUUUACACACAUUCUACACCACCUUCACUCAGCCCCUCUAUGCAGGGAUUGGGGUUGAUUUUGGCUCCUCAGUGCGUCUGUGUAAGAUAGAAUAACCCUGUGUGUAACAGAGAUUCGAUGUGUGUAUGUGUAUCACUGUGUGUGUGUGUGUGUGUGUGUGUGUGUGUGUGUGUGGGAGGGAGAAUGUGUGUAUAAAUAUAAGUAUGUAAAUAUUUUAUAUAGAUGAUUUUGUAAUUUUUUUCCAGAACCUUUAUUUUAAUUACUGUUCUCUUUAUUCACUACUGUUAUCACUUAUUCUGUACUUAUUGUUAAUUACUGUUUUAUUUUAUUGUAAAUUAGGUUCAUAUUAAUAAAGCUAAAUAAAUGAAGAA